AUGGUGGGCUUCUUGGGCUCGCUUGCGGUCACCGGCUUCGGGCUGGUAGCAGUCAUCGGCGUAUCAUGGCCAGCAUACCUCGGGCCGCGUAUCGACAGACUUGGUCUGACACGCUCUGUCAUCGAAAUGAACAACCAAGGCUGCCGUGUCAUCCGGGAAUUGGAAGCAUGCGAGGACCAAUGGAUCCAUCGAGAGACCGGCCUGUCAUACCUGCCUUGCUCGGCGCGCAGCAGACGAAAGCACUGGAUUCCUGCUGUCCUCAAACUCGAUGCACUCUCGCUAGCCAAGACAGCAGGGCAGGAUUACAUUGCCCUGCUAGACUUGAACACCGAGCAAGUGACUAAGCUCACGCUGGACAAGCCUUUACCGCGCGGACUGAACCUGCACGCGCUUGACGUCUGGUUCGAGAAUGACGACAAGGUGGCCGAAAAAGGCGACAAGAUGUGGGUCUUUGUCAAUAACCACCGGCCACCGUUCAAUGCAACAUCCGCCCCGUUCGUAGGCGCUGAUAGCUCCGUCGAGAUCUUCGAAACCACCCUGGGCUCCGGCAAGCUCCACCAUGUCAAGACAGUGGCUCAUCCAACGAUUCUGACUCCCAAUAAUCUCGUGGCUACCGGACCCAGCUCAUUCUAUGUCUCCAACGAUCACUUUGACAAGACACACUGGCGAAGAGGCAUGGCACAAUGGUUCGUUGACCCGGCGGCGAGCUCAAUCGUGCACUGCGACGCCUCGGGCAUAGAGCCACAAUGCUUUGACGCUGGCUGGUUCAUCUAUCCCAACGGAAUCGCUCGAGGACCGGGCAACAUUCUGUACUCUGGUUCGACAUUGAAAGGCGUUGUACGAGUACUCGAGAUACAGCAGGACAAGAGUCUCGUCUUGCUCGAUGAGAUUGCGAUUCCGCCCAACGGUCUACCAAUUGACAAUCUGCAUGUUCUGGCCGAUGGCUCGAUCAUCACUGCCAACCUCAUUGCUCUGAAAUGGUCAGCAGCAUAUGCCAAGAUUGAUGACCUAAGCAUGAAAGCGCCAGUCGAGGUCUGGCGCAUUCGUAAUUCGACCGGCGACGGUCGCUUUUACGGUGCAAAGUAUGAGAUCUCCCAGAUCUAUGGAGACGACGGCGGGGUACUGACAGGUGUCACGAACGCCAAUGCGCACAAGGACAAGCUCUACCUGACCGGCGUUUUCACCGCUGGCGUCGCAGUCUGCCCGAAUCAGAUGCUCCUUGCCUGA